GGAAAGUAAGGUGAAAAAUAUGUUUGUCUUCUCUCGUUAAUACAAACUCCCGAAUUCCCGUUCCCCAUUUCUGUAAUCUUCAUGAUCAACUCCUGCUCACGCCUGGAAAUUCGAAUAUUCCGAUGAAUUCCAAGCAGCAACUCCUCGACUCCCUCACCGCCCACAUCUCUCUCUACCACUCUCAAAUCCCCGAGCCCCACCGCACCCCGAACUCGGGCACCCGACCCGCCCUCCUCCGAUGGUUCUCCUCUCUCUCGGUGCACCAACGCCGCUCGCACCUGACGAUGAUUGACGCCAACUUCGUUGCAAUCCUCCUGCAGAUGAAGCAGAAGCUCCAAUCGCAUGGCUCCGGUCGUUUUAUCAUCCUUCCGGACCUUCCCCAAGACGGCGAUUCUGCCCUGCCCACGCUCUGUUACCGGAAAUCGGAGGGGCUUUUGUCGCGAUUCUCCGAGUUCAAUUGCGCUGAGCGCGCGAUUCACGAGGCGGUGGAGUUGUUUAGCUCGACCGAGGGCGAGAGGGAUGGGAAAGGGAAUGAAGUUCUUGGUCUUGACGCCGUGUGUUUGGCUGAGGGUUUAGUUGGGGAUGUGAGUAGAUUUGUCGAGAUUAUGGAUGAGAUUACAAAUGGGGAGUUUUUGAGGGGAGGGGACGAGGGGGAGAUAGCAGAGGAGUGGGUGGAGCUGGGAUGGUUGAAAGCGAAGGGAUAUUAUAGUUUGGAGGAGUUUGUUGUAAACAGAAUGGAGGUUGCUUUGAGGUUGGCCUGGUUGAAUAGUAAUACUGGGAAGAAAAGAGGAGUGAAGUUGAAGGAAAGGUUGAAUGCUGCUGGUGUGGCGGCAAAUUUGUUCUGGAGGAAGAAAGGUUGUGUGGAUUGGUGGGAGAAAUUGGAUGAUUCUGUGAAGAAGAAGGUUUAUUCUGCAUACCUGGGAAAAGCUGCACGCUCACUGACAUCUGAGCUAGUAAAGGGCAAACUUUGCGUCCCGAAUGAUAAAAUGUGGUGUUUCGAUGAUCAAGAUAAACAGUUAUUGAGAUGGGAUAAAACUUCACUGGGUAGUCAAGAAGCUGCAGUAUUCCGAGGAAUAGAUUCAAAAAUUAAAUGGAAUGCCAACCCUGGACAGGUUUCUGAGGAUCUGUCUCCAUUAUAUUGUAUAUUCAAUAGUUUGUGUAUUCUUCAGGUUGUUUCAACUCUGUUUUCAGCAGCUCAGUUUGGUGGAUGUGGUAAAGAGGAACUUUUUUUCAGCUCUCUGGAUACUGUAAAUAGCAUCUCUGACAUUAUACUAAGAAAAUUGCGGGAGUUAAUCAUGGUUAUUUCUCUGGAUUGCACAAAAUUUGAGUUACUAGGAGAGGGAACCACGAGUCCUCUUCCAAAGAAACUAAAUGAAAAACAUGCAGCAAAUAACCGUAAGAAAAAGGGGAAGAACCACAACAAAAAGUCAAAUCCUGUCCCAAGACCUUGUCAAGAUGAUUCAAAACCUACUGUGCCUUCUAAGGGUAAAGGAGAGAGAAUAUUGUGUAUCAACAAGGAAGAUAUUAGACAAUCAAAUAAGUUCGACUGUGAAGUUCCAGGAAAGGAUCUUGCAGAAGUGAAAGAUGUAACGGUUAAACUUGUUUUGCUCUUUAUAUGAAAGUUAAUGUACAUGAAUAAU